AUGUCAAUAUCGGAACAGCAUUUUGGUGUUAUGUCCGGCUGGAGUACCACUGACACCAUUUUCGCAUUGCAGCAAUUGAUGGAGAAAUGCAGGGAAGGCCAGAAAGAGAUUUAUUAUGAGUUCAUAGACCUUAAGAAGGCCUACAACCAAGAGUGGAGAUUUGGAACUGUCUAUGGAUAUCAGAGGUGGAGGAAAAAGCAAAUUACUGUUGGUCUACACCAGGGGUCAGCACUCAGGCCAAUCCUGUUUGCCAUUUUGAUAGACUGCUUAAUGUGGAGUAUACAGAAGGAAUCUCCAUGGGAUAUGCUGUUUGCUGAUGAUGUGUUUAGUGGUGAAACAAAGGAAAAGGUGGAGGAGAGACUGGUAGAGUGGAAAGCGGAGUGCGAGUGA